AUGGUUAUGGAGGGAAUGGUAAAACUUUCAGGUGGAAGAAUAACCCACUCAAAGUUCAAAAUACCCAUGCCAACACUUGACAACUCUACUUGCAACGUUGACAAAGACACCAAACAUUCACAGUUAUUUGAAGCAAUUUAUGUGAUAAUAUGGGAUGAAGCACCUAUGUCUCAUAAGAACUGCUUUGAGGCAUUGGAUAAAACCUUUAAAGAUGUCAUGAGCAAAAAGGGUCUUCAGAAUACAAUUUUUGCUGGCAAAGUUAUUGUUUUUGGAGGAGAUUUUAGACAAAUUCUUCAUGUUGUUCCAAGAGCAAGUCGCUCAUAUAUUGUACAUGAAUCAAUUAGCUCAUUUUAUGUAUGGGACUAUUGUCAAGUUUUAACACUAACAAAAAAUAUGAAACUUCAACAAGGAACAGGAAAUACAAGUUAUACUGAACUAGUUGAAUUCGCAAAAUGA